CAUAUCCAGACAUGCGUAGUGAAAACAAAACUGUGAAACUUGCACUCGAAAUGAGCUAAAUCUUCCUAUUUCAACUUAUUUCUCUUCAUUACUUCCCUGAUAACGAAUCCCUAGGAUGGAUCCACCAAUGUAUGAUAAUGAGAGUCCUUACUUCAACCCUCCUCCUGUUCAAAAACGGAACGUCUCAAAGAAAGCUCAUCAAAGGCACAGUGGUUAUAGUGCUGGCUCCUCCCCUUUGUUUGACGACACUAGUGCUGAACAGCAUAGUAGCCACCCCCAGGGCCAAGGGGGAAUGCCAUUCCCUGGGGCAGACUUUAUGCAGCAACCUAUGACCAACAUGGCUUUUCAGUACGGGACCAAUGUGGCUUCACAGGGAAAGGAAUAUGUAGAGAAAAAUCUUGACAGAUUUGUUUCUAUAUCCAAGUUGAAAUAUUAUUUUGCUGUGGACACUUCUUAUGUUGUCAAGAAACUUGGGCUUCUCCUGUUUCCGUUCACUCAUAAGAAUUGGGCUGUUCAAUACAACAAGGAGGAACCAGUAGCUCCUCGAUAUGAAGUCAAUGCACCUGACCUCUACAUACCUGUCAUGGCAUUUGUCACAUAUGUUCUUGUCGCUGGUCUUGUACUUGGAACACAAAACAGAUUCACCCCGGAGCAGCUUGGGAUAACUGCAAGCUCUGCUCUUAUCUGGCUCUUUGUAGAAAUUAUGGCUAUUUUGUUUUCCAUGUACCUUUGUAAUGUUCAAUCUGAAAUCAAGACGUUUGACUUGCUGGCGUUCUGUGGAUACAAAUACUUCGGAAUGAUUUUGAGUUGUCUGGCUGGUCUCCUGUUCAAGUCUCUUGGAUAUUACUGCGUCUUCAUCUACACAAGUAUUACGAAUGCCUUCUUCUUGAUCCGCACCCUGCGACUUGUGAUCAUCCCAGAGACUUCAGAUGGGAUCGCUCGCACCAGUAAACGUCGCAUCUACCUCCUCCUCUUUAUCGCCGUCCUCCAGCCGUUUUUCAUGUUCUUCCUGACAAGUCACCUAAAACCCUCAGAUUUAGCCGUCGAUUCUCUAAAGACCAAUAGCUUCCACAGAGGCGGUGUAUAGAGAAUUUACUAAAGUCCGGUGUUCUUGUUCUUCCGGUGAAUUACUCGGAAGCUCAGACAUAUCAGUCGAAACACUUGAAGCCAGCAAGGCGGGUGGAAAUAUUCUGGAAGGAUCAGAUCUGCUCCAAAAGAUCAUCAUUUUAAGAUGAUAUGAACAAUAGAUAAUAGCUUAAGUGUGAAGAAGGUUUUUAGGAGUUAUUCAUUCAAAUGUGUCAUCAAUGCUUGCAGGAAAAAGGCAGGAAGGUUACUAUGGCAGAACCUACCAAAUGGACUACUACGCUAGUAAAUCUAGUAAAUUCUCUCUCGUUGCAUGACGACCGGUUUGGUAUAAUCAUUGUCGAAUGAUAAACGUCACGUAUUUGCAGGAAAAUAUGAUUCUCUACAGGUAAAAUCUUUACGCCGCGGUCUCGACUUCCCCCUACUUUCGGGCUUAUAGUUUUAAGCACAUGGUAAUUGUGCCAUAAAACCUUUUUCGUGGUUGGUUAUAAAUGCAAAACCAGGGAAUCGGUAGUAUUUUCCCCUGGACAAGUAUUAGGAUAUGCCAAACCUGCUGAAAUGUCUCCCUAUAUGCGGUUGUGAAAGUUUACUAAGUGGCUAUGAAAGAGGUUUUAUAUAUGAAUAAAAGAAGAUAAUAUAUAAAAAA